AUGGCGCCUGUUCCCUCCCCCUUCCUCGACCCUGGAGCGUAUGCGACAGCGGACAAUCUGGGUAUCCUGCAAUUGCGCCGUGAUCACCUCAUCCCAGCCCUCCUCAAGCCCAACGCCGACUCUGACUACGCCGAGGGAAAAGUAGAGAACACGCGCUUUGGUUCUUUCCCCCACAGCACGCUUGUCGGCCAACCCUGGGGCACCCAGAUUCUCGCAUCCGUCGUCGACACUGGAUCGCGUGGCAAGUCCAAGAAGAGGAAGAGGGACGGCAAAGAUGAGAGCGAGGGUACGGUGUCUGCCGAGCCAGAAGUGGCCAAGAAGGAUAUUGUUAAGGCGGCAACGGCGAGCAGUGGGUUUGCGCAUCUGAUACCGCCUACGCCAGAGAUGUGGACUUUGUCUCUUCCACAUCGUACCCAGGUUGUAUACACGCCCGACUACAGCUACAUUUUGCAGAGGUUGCGCGCAAGGCCAGGCGACCACAUUAUCGAAGCGGGCGCAGGAAGUGGAAGCUUUACACACGCUGCCAUACGCGCAGUCUACAAUGGCUACCCGGGCACCCGCGACGCCCUCGACGAGCCCAACGGCGAGGAAGAAAACGCAGUAGGCAUGUCCAAGAAGCGAAAGCGCAAGACACGAACCGGCGGCGUCUACAGUUUCGAGUAUCACGAACCACGCGCAAACCAACUUCGAGCCGAAAUCAAAGAUCACGGCCUCGAACCCCUCGUCACAGUAACCCACCGUGAUGUCUACAACGACGGCUUCGGUCUGGAGAACUCGCCAGGUCCAGAUGCCGACUGCAUCUUCCUCGAUCUCCCUGCUCCGUGGCACGCACUCAAACACCUCACGCGCUCCCCUCCCUCCACCGCCGCCCUGAACUCGGUAGCAACCGACAUAUCCACACCCACCUCCGGAGACAACGAUCCUACCACACCUACGGCGCAACCCGCAGAAACAAAUCGCAAACCCUUCGCCACCCCACUCAAUCCCCGCAAUGCAGUCCGCAUCUGCACCUUCAGCCCCUGCAUCGAGCAAGUCACCAAGACCGUCUCGGCCCUGCGCACCCUCGGCUGGCAGGAAAUCGAUAUGGUGGAGAUCAACGCAAAGCGCCUCGACGUGCGUCGCGAGCGCGUGGGACUGCAGGAAGAAGGUGUGAGAGGUGGAAACGCGCAUCCCGCAAACGUACAAGAAGCGGUGCAGCGCCUCCGCGACGUAGAAGGCCGCGCCGCCGUCUUCCACAGCAUGCAGCGCGAGAAGCAGGAGGAGGUGAUGCGCAAGGCUGAGGCGAGGAAGAGGGGCGAAAAUGUCGACUGUGAUGUGGACGGCGGUGCUCGCAAGGGUAAGAAGAAGUUGGAGGGCGUGCCGCCGAGCAAACACGACCGGCUGGCACAGACCAAGAAGGACUUCGAGACGAGACCUUUGUACAAGGAGGGCAGGCUGGUUCAUCGAACAGAGCCAGAGCUCAAGACGCACACUUCCUAUCUGGUCUUUGCUAUCUUGCCCAGAGAGUGGUCCAAGGCAGAUGAAGAAAAAGCUAGAAGGAAGUGGGGAUGA